AUGUUAGAACCUCUGCAAAGAAUCCGGAACGCUAUAAUAGAGGGGAAUCUACCCAUUGUCAAACGAAUAUUAUCCCGGUUUUCCGAACUAUGGUUAAACAUAGAUCCGAAGAACCAAGGGUGGAGCAAUCUUCACUAUGCAUCUUAUUAUGGUCAUUACUUGAUAUGUAUCCAUUUAAUAUCAUAUAUAAAUAAAACAUUAGGCAGCUUGGAACAACACUAUACCAAAUUGGACUUGGUGGCCUUUGACGAUACCACGGUGUUGCAUCUUUGUAUGGAGAAGAAACACGCUCAAACAUUGCAUUAUUUAUUACAAGAAUUCCCAGGAAAAAUCUGGUUGAAUUCACUUGGUGGAAGUUCAAGACAAACACCAUUGCAUUACAGUUGCAUUCACGAUUUUAAAGAAGGGACAAAGUUACUAUUGGAGUUUGGGGCUCAAUGGAGUAUUCAGGAUGCCCAUGGCGAUACAUGUCUACAUCUUUGCUUUCAGUUUGGAAGUGUCGGAUGCUUGUAUGAAUUGCUCAAAUAUAUUAUCAUUCAUUCGAAAACAAAGGAAGAUGCAUCUGAGAAAAUUGAGGAGUUGGAGAAUGUUAAAAACAAACAGAAUUGGGUGGCUAAAGAUUAUUCAUCAAGUUUCGAUUUAAUUACCCAAUAUGAGGAAAUGAAAAGAGAUCUACUAUCUCAGGACUACACUGGUGCAGUUUCUGAAAUAAAGUUCUCAGCCGAGUCAACAACACUGCCAAAUCCUGAAGUGGCAUCAAUUGACACUUUAGGUAACAAAGUAUUAGCAAGUCCAAUUGUACUGAUGACACUGCAACAGUCAGUGGCUAAUAAUGACAAGAAUUUUGAAGGACGUCAACAUUCACAAUCAUUACCAUCUGCGUUCAAGGCGCAGCCACAGCCACAGCCACUAGUCAGACAAAGGUCAAACACAACAUAUGUUUAUAAACCACCUGCCGCUUUAACCAUUGCAACUGAAGGCUUAACAGGUAGGUCACCCUCUUCCAAUUCAUCUCCAUUAUCACCAAUGACACCUCAACCAACAACGUCAAACAGAGCACCGUCAUUAAAAUCAGUCACAAUAUCGCCUUCAGUUCGUACUAACGGAACUACAAACUAUAAUGCUGGCACGGAUGAUGAACCAAUUUCCCCACAGUCAGCAAUAUCUACUACUUCGUCAUUUAAUGCGUCACCAAACUAUAAAUUAGGGUCAAGAAAAAAGAGUUUUUCGUUUUCAAAAUCAGUUCCAUUACCAUCAAUAAACUCUGAAAAUGUUCUAUGGCCCUCAGUAAAUGAAGAGGGAGUGACAGAGUCUCCACCUCAACAAAUAUCACCUAUAAAACGAUCAGCAGCAGAUUACAAACUAAGAAAGAACUCGUCGGCCUCAUCUAUUGCUGCAAAACUUGCUUUCAAUUCUAGCCAUUCAUCACCAAAUCAUAAUGAAAUUUUAAGAAAACGAGCUGCAUCCAAAUCCAAUAGUGUGCACAGUAACAGCUUGAACAGUGCCUCGUCAGUUAGCAGCUCGAUCAGCUCUGGUAGCGUAUCUACUAUUGAUACCGAAAUAGUGAGAAAAGCAAGAUCGUCUGGUACCCUUCCAUCUAGUCCUAGUCACAAGAACAAUAGUCAUAACAAUGGGAUCAAAAUCCCAAUUACUUUAAACAAUAACAGUGUGACUUCUUUGAAUAGCAAUGGUUCAGAUAAUUUGAAAAAGUAUAGUGUUCAUAGUAUCAGUUUCAGUAGAGUAAGAUGA